AUAAGCUACCCAUUCAUGUCUCGUGGCACUCGUUCACAAACAAAAAAAUCUCCGUAUAUUCGGAUCCGUAAGAAAGAAUCUCACCCUAAUACGACACCGUUUAAUCUCUCCAAAUUCUGAGUCUUUCAAUUCUUACAUCAAACUAACAAUGGCGUGUUUGGAUGAACCCAAUUAAAACUACCCAAUUUAUAUAUAAAUCAACAAAACUCCAUUGAUGAACUCAAGAAACCUUCAAAUUUUAACAACCAUGCCACACACGCCCUUAUCGAUUUUCUAUCUCUUCUUUCUUCUCAUCUUCUUCCCCACUUCGAACUCCCUGAAAUCCCCAUUUUACCCUUCUGAUGUUCUUCCUCUUCUUCCUAAAGAGGUUUCAUGGCCGGUUCUUAAAACCUUGAACCGGGCGGUUGACCUUUUGCCGACUUUUGUGGGGGCUGCUUCUUCUUCUUCGAAUAAUAGCUUGGAUUGGAAAGGGGCUUGCUUUUAUGAGAAUACUGCUUGGCUUGAAUUUCAUAAUAAAAGUGGUAGUCAAUUUGGUGGGGGUACCCUUCAUAUUAAGGUUAGCAAUGCCCAUAGCUGGACCUGUAUGGACAUUUAUGUCUUUGCAACUCCAUAUCGUGUGACAUGGGACUACUAUUUACUAUCUCGGGAACAUACUCUGGAGUUCAAAGAGUGGGAAGAUAAAAACGAAUAUGAAUAUGUAAAAGAACAUGGGGUUUCAAUUUUUCUUUUGCAAGCUGGAAUGCUUGGGACUUUGCAAGCUUUAUGGGAGGUCUUCCCUCUAUUUACAAAUACUGCUUGGGGUGAGAACUCUAACCUUGCUUUCCUUAAGAAGCAUAUGGGGGCUUCGUUUGAGGAACGCCCUAAACCUUGGGUUACAAACAUUACCACUGAUGAGAUUCAAUCUGGAGACUUUCUUGCAAUAUCAAAAAUUCGUGGCCGUUGGGGUGGAUUUGAAACCCUGGAGAAGUGGGUCACUGGAUCCUAUGCUGGUCAUAGUGCUGUGUGCUUGAGGGAUUCUGAUGGAAAGCUAUGGGUUGCAGAAUCUGGACAUGAAAAUGACAAGGGAGAAGAUGUUGUAGCUCUGCUUACGUGGGAUGAGUGGUGGGAAUAUGAGUUGACUAAAGAUAACGCCAAUCCCCACAUUGCAUUGCUUCCCUUACAUCCUUCUCUACGCGCCAAAUUUAAUGAAAGUGCUGCUUGGGAGUAUGCAAGAAGCAUGGAUGGGCAGCCAUAUGGUUACCAUAACCUUAUUUUCAGCUGGGUAGACACUAUUGAUAAGAAUUAUCCUCCUCCUUUGGAUGCACAUCUGGUUGCUUCUGUGAUGACAAUAUGGUAUCAGAUGCAGCCUGCUUAUGCAGCUAACUUGUGGAAGGAAGCAUUGAAUAAGCGGUUGGGAACUGAGGAUCUUGAUCUUCCCGAAGUUCUUGUAGAAGUUGAAAAACGUGGCUCAUCCUUUGAUCAGUUGCUUGCUAUUCCUGAGCAAGAUGAUUGGAUCUAUGAAGAUGGAUCGUCAGUCUCAUGUGUUGCUUAUGUUCUUCAAAUAUACAAGGCAGCUGGACUCUUUGGGCCACUUUCUAGUUCCAUUCAAGCAACUGAGUUCACUAUAAAGGAUGCCUACUCACUGAAGUUUUUCGAAGAUGAUCUAAGUCGGCUUCCGAGUUGGUGCAAUGACAGUGAUAAUGUGGAGCUUCCUUUUUGUCAAAUCCGAGGAAGAUAUAGAAUGGAAUUGCCUGGUUACAAUACCAUUGAUCCGUACCCACAUAUGAACGAAAAGUGCCCAUCCCUUCCUCCAAAAUAUUACAGACCAAAAAACUGUUAAUGAGUCACUCUAGUUGGUUUUAGCAAAAUAGCAGGAUUUUUAUACUUUCAUGUUAUUUCUGUACAUAAUUUUCGUGUAUAACAUCAUAACAUAUGUAGGUUGAUGUAAGGUGUAUAUUUGGUUCAGCUAGUCAUACCAUAGAUAGUGUUGUCUGUACACAUGAUUAAUCUAAAUGCAACUUUUGUUGUAGCUUGAUUCGACUCUAAUUAUACGUAGAUAUAAGUUUCACCUUUCCUUUUAGC